GCUUGAGGAAACGUGGAUUGUGUCGAGUGAAGCGUCGUCUCCCCUCAGCGUUAUUAGGACUAAAGUCAUUUCAUUGAAUGUGGUGCUGACAAAGAAAAAUGGAGCCAAUAUCUUUCAGCGGACGGGCAGUAGGGACCAUUUUAAAGAGGAAGGUCCUCUCGUCUUCCUCAAAAGGUAAGGUCUUUAAUCCCUGAAGAAAUCAUUCAAUCUCAAAAUUGUCAUUUUCCUAAGCGAGGGCUUUGAGAGAAUGUGUUCACUCAGCUUUUAGCUCUAAUGAGGCCAAACUACAGGUGUGUGUGUGUGUGUGUGUGUGUGUGUCUACUUUAAAGGGCUUUUAAUAUUGAUAAUAUGCCACUGCAGCGCAACAUUUUUAUAUUUUGGUGCGUUUAGGUUCGCACAGAAGCAGUUUGAUCAACUACCUCACACUUGGGUCAGGGUUGAAAUCUUUGAUUUCAUUUGAAAUAAUCUGAUGCAUUUGGCAUCUGAAAUGUAAGCAUUGAAUUAAUAAUGUAUGUACAGGUGCACUCGUUGACUUGAACACGCGUUGUGCUGCUGACGGCAGGAGAUGUUUCUACCUUUGCAAGUUUAUUAUUACUAAACAAAUGAUUCAAAUAUUUGAAUCAUGUUCAUGUUUAGAAUAAAUAGGUUCAUUGGCAGUUUCCUUAAUCUGAGAAUAACGUCCUAAAAUACAUUUGUUGAGGGUGUAUACUUCUGGAAGAUGUUAUACCUCUAUACACACUGGCCAAUAGUUGAAUGUUUCUUUCACUUCCCCAAAUUCAGCUAUUUUGGUAGAUUUGAGUCCAGUCCAACAUCGGACAUUGGUCCAAUAAGUAAUAAACUUCUAAGUCAUGACAUGUGUUGAAACUGGAAAGCAGGAACAAGAAAUUGGACACAGAUGUUUUCUUCUUUCUAAAAAUGAGUUGAGGAAGCAUUGUGAGACAUUGAGUGACAACGAUUAAAAAAAACUCAGUUUCCCAGACUCAUUUGCUGCACGACAAACAGUACAACCAAUGAAACUGUUUUGUGGAGACACCUUCCUGUUUUGUGGUGUGAAGUGAAGAGGACGCCGCAUGAAUUACUGUCAAAAACUCAGUCAAGCCAGAGACUAGAAGACAACUUCUGGAAAUGGCUCAAGAGGACGCUCAAGAGGACCAGAGGGAGACGUCCCAGCAGGCAGCAGUCAUUGACGAAGAGCAGGGGACAGAGAACCAGGCUUCUCCGUCUGUCGUCGAGAUCCUCUGUGACUCUGUGACUGAAUGUGGGGAAAAAGCAAGGCCCAAGCUGGUGCAGAUGGAGGAGAAGGCAUUUGUAUCAAGUCUGCACUCUUAUAUGAAGGACAGAGGUACACCGAUAGAAAGGAUCCCACAUCUGGGCUUCAAACAGAUUAAUCUUUGGAGGAUCUACAAAGCUGUUGAGAAACUUGGGGGCUAUAAUUCAGUGACGGCACGGCGUCUUUGGAAGAAAGUGUAUGAUGAGCUGGGAGGAAGUCCAGGGAGCACCAGCGCUGCUACUUGCACCCGUAGACACUAUGAGAAACUGGUGCUGCCCUUUGAAAGACAAAUAAAAGGGGAGGAGGACAGACCUCUGCCUCCGAGCAAACCCCGGAAGCUAUACAAGAGGAUCCUGGAGGGCAAGGAGAAGGCAAGGGCUUCUGAGAAGAAGAGAAAAAGGACUCAGUCGGACAGAGAGAUGGACUCGGAGACAGAGGUACUCGCAAAGAGAAGCCCAGAGGCCGUCUGCCAAACCGAAGCGGUGAUGCAUUCUCACCCGGCUCUCUGGGCGGCCGCCUCCGAUAUACGCCGCCCGGACAGAGCCACUUCUGGACUUUGCCCCUCGGCCUUUGCCCACCUCGUCCAGGUCCCCACACCCAGCCACUGGACCGCUCCCCUCCCGCCUGCUGCCGCAGAGGUCAUUUCUCCUCUUGAGAAAAAAAAGCGGAUGGCUCAAGCGAGCCUCAAUCUGCCACUUAACCCUCGCACUGAGGACACAGAAAGGCCCUCCGUUAUCCACUGCUCCCAGCCUCCGGCCCAGUACUCUUCCAGACGGACCUGUGAGUCCACCGACAGCUCCCCCGUGCCUUCAUCCCCUUCCUCCUCACGCAGCCCUUCCCCCUACUCUGAUUCAUCAGAGGACUGUCCAGAGGGAAGCGUACAUGAUGCUGCAUUGCGCUCUGAACUUUCCCAAAACUCUAAGAGCUCUGUGAAAAAUUCACCCAGCUGUAGUGAGGACAGGAAGUCUGAGAGCUUUUGUCAGAUAUCCAAAGACCCUGCAGGACAGUAUAAAGAUAUCAGCUCCCAAUGCGCAGACUCCGUUAAGGUCCAGCACAAAGACUCGGACUGGAAGCUAAUCCAAAAAGGGAGUGACAAAUAUUUCAGCCAACCUUUCCCAGGAUUCUCCUCUCCCAUGGUGAGAUUAGAUUGGGCUCCAACGUCAACUUCUAGUUUCACCAAAAUCAUUCCAAAAUCCGUGCAGCUUCUGCGUCCCGCUCCCAUCCGACCGGCUUAUGCGACCCUGCAGGGCAGGUUGGCGCAGCACGACGAGUCUCUGCCUGGUGCAAAGAAGCUUCACAGCAUGCCUCCGUGGCUUUAUCACACGGACAAGAGGGAGAAACACAGGACAAUGCAACACAAAGCUCCCCCCGCUCAGCACAGUCUGGCCCAUUCCGCCGCUUCCAGUCUGCCGGCGUUGCGCUACGACAAAUCCGGGAGAGACCCUCGACAGCAGCCUCUAUUGCAUCCUGCGUUUCUUCCCAGCAGAAUGAGACUACCUCAAUCGCAGCUACUGUACAGACACGUCCCGAUGAGUCCGGUUCACUCUGCUCUGAGGGGGUCUGCCGUUUACCCGUAUCCCGCCUACAUCCCUCUGCUGCAUCACCAGACUGGAUAUGCCCUACCCGCCAUGCAUCCCUUCUACCCUCAAAAGAUGUGAUUCUUUGUAGUUCAACUCUAGUCUUAAAUAAUAAUUAUUAUAAUACAGCAGCCGUUGAGCAUGUCGGCCUCCUUGUCGAUUGCUCAUAGUUAUUUUGGUGAAGCACUACUUGUGUUUUAAACAUGGCUUACGUAUGCAACACAUACAUAUUUAGGUGAUGUGGCAACCAUUUCCCGGUGGUCAACUAGUUAUUGUAAGAUCAUUAUCUGUAUGACUGUGUAGACCUUCUGAGGCCAAAACCAAACUACGCAAAAGGGAAAUUCCGCCACCGCUGCGAUGAGUGAUGAGAUACAGUAUUCAUAGGACCACAGCGCGUUCAAUCAGGCUUUAAACUAAUGCAUCAUUUUCUUUAUCUCUGAGCAGAUCUGUGCCAAAUGUACGCGUUAAAUGGAUGUGUUUUCUAUUGCUGUAGUUUGAUUAAAUGCUAAACAAUAAGCCGCAGUGCUUAUUCAAUUACAUGUUUUUGUGAUUACGCCAAAUUCUCCAUAGCAAAAUAACCAGCUAAAUUAAUCAAAACCACUUUUGUUGCAGCAUUGCUUUAAAGCAAAUUACCUUAUUGUAUUGUAAGUCUGUUAGAAAAACAUGCAUCUUUAACAUUUAUAUAGUUUUUGAUAUUGUUCAAAGAUGUUAUAAGCAGAUCUCAUUGUCAUGUUAAUGUAUUAACAUAAACACAUAAACAUUACAAAUGUAUUUAAAAAAUAUAUGGUCAUUCUGGUUUUUUAUUAUAGAAAUAUGUGUACAUAUCAUAAAGUAUUUUACCUUGCCCAAAAUAUUUUUAAUAAA